GGUUGCCCAGCGCGUUGUUAUCGUAACGAGCUACGCGCGAGAGCAUCCAGCGGGCCGCUGGAACGGUUCACACAAGCAGCCGUCGCCGAACGCCACACGCGGCCUCACGCCAACGCCGCGCGUUCGACGCAAGGCUGCCCCAGCACCACCCACCGGCAGGGCUGCCCCAACCCGCCGACGUGCGGCAAGGACUCCUCAUAAGUAAACCAUGGGCAAGGGCGCCGGCAAGGGCCGGGGCAAGAAGAAGGAGCCCGAGCCAGAGGACACGGGACCGCCGCCGCCCCCGCCCGACCUAAAUAACUACGUCGCGCUCUCCUUGAAACUCAUGAACUGGAAGUUCAUGGACGACUCCACGAUCGUGACGGACGAGACGCACCUGUUCACGAUCAAAAAACGGCUCGAGGCGAAGCAUGGCCGCAUGAAGCAACUGGUCAUUUGCAAGGAUAGCUAUGCGGAGCGGAACGAGUUAAGGGACGACAUGAAGACGCUGAAGGAGUACGGGAUCCUCGGGGCGCAGAAGCCGAACGAGCCGGCGCCCAUCACGCUGUUCUACGAGUUCAAGCCGCUCGACCACGACAAUCCACUCUUAUAUAAUAUGGAGGCGGACUAAGUUUUUGUGUCUCUG